ACCGACAGUGACACUUCUUCCAAUCACAAUGUCGACUGGACGCCCGAGGAAGAGAAGAAGCUCAUCAGAAAGAUUGAUCUGAUCUUGAUGCCAUUAUUGAUCCUCCCUUUCAUGGCUCUUCAGUUUGACCGAGGAAAUAUCGGCAAUGCCGUGACGGACAACUUUUUCGAAGAUGUCGGUAUCACACAGAACCAAUUCAAUGUCGGUCAGCAGCUGCUGUCAGCCGGUAUCGUCAUCUUGGAGAUCCCCAGCAACCUGGUUCUCUACCGGCUCGGCCCUCGUAUCUGGAUCAGCUGCCAGAUCUUCGCGUGGGGGCUUGUCGCUACGUUUCAAGCUUUCCAAAAAGGUCUGGGUGCAUUCCUGGCCACUAGGCUCCUGCUCGGAUUAAUGGAGGCUGGCUUCAUUCCCGCUUCGCUCUAUGCAAUUACGACAUGGUACAAAACGAGCGAGAUGAGCACACGGUUUGCAUGCUUUUUCUUCGGCAAUUUCGUCGCUUCAGCCUUGACAGGUGUCCUCGCUUAUGGGAUCCUUCACAUGCGCGGAGUUGCCGGCCUUGCUGGAUGGCAGUGGCUAUUCAUCAUUGAAGGCCUCUUCACCAUAUGCACGGGCUUCCUGUACAUUGCCUUCUUUCCGAAAGACAGAGACCAUCCCAUCCCAUUCCUCAAAUUACAAUACUUCACUGAGAGAGAGCGCCACAUAGCUGUGCAGCGGGUCCUAACGGACGACCCCAGCAAGGCCCCAGGUAGCCACAAGUCCAUCACCAUGCGUGAGUUGAAGUGGGCAUUAUCCGACUGGACGCUCUACCCACACUGCCUCCUUACGAUCUGCGCUCUCGCACCAACAAGUAGCUUUACAUCCUACGGCCCCAAGCUCGUCAUCUCCUUUGGCUACCCACGCCUGGCAUCCAACGCGAUCUUCUCGAUUGGGCACUGGAUCAUGCUGUUCACAUCACCCGCCUUCGGCUACUGGGCCGAUAAGAUCCAAAAGCGCGGGAUCACAGUGACAACGGCGCUGCUACUGUGGUGGGGCUUCACGCUCGGCUGCCAGAUUACGGAUGAAUCGAAAAACUCGGCCACGCGGCUGGCCAUGAUGAUUCUGGCAGUGAGUUUCUCCCUCGUCUGGCAUCCGCUCAAUAGUUCGUGGCUGGCGAUCAAUACGCGCUCGCCUGCUGAUCGCAGCAUCAAAAUGGCGUGUAUUGUCAUGUCGGCGAACUUGGCGGGAAUUAUUGGUAGCCAGUUGUUCCAGCAGGAUGAUGCGCCGGUGUAUCGCACUGGAUGGAAGCUGCUUGUUAUAUUGAAUGCUUGUGGUGUGUUCUUCUCGCUGGUGGCGAACGGCCAGUACCGCGUUUUGAAUUGGUUGGCAGAAAAGAGAGGCGAGAAGGAGGAGGAGCGGAGGAAGUAUUAUUUGUGAUUGCGGUAGUUGGGAGAGUGGUUUGCUGUAUGUAUAU